AUGGCGACUCAGUACCAGCUACCAUUCAAGCUAGCAGACCCCAGUCUACUAAAGUUCGACUCUGUCAUCGGCGACAAAUGGGUCGGCGCAAAGAGCGGAAAGCGCUUUGAAGUACUGGACCCCGGCACCGACAAAGCCUGGGCCAGCUGCCCCGCCAACGCAGCAGAAGAUGUAUCCGCCGCCGUUGAAAACGCCCACACAGCCUUCGAGCAAUUCCGCAAAGUCAACCCGCGCCAGCGCGCCAAAUGGCUACUAGAAUGGCACAACCUGACCACCGCAGCCCGCGACGACCUCGCCCAGAUCGUCACCCACGAAACCGGAAAGCCGCUAGCAGAAGCCUACGGCGAGAUCGACUACUCCCUCGGCUUCCUCUGGUGGUUCGCCGGAGAAGCAGAGCGCAUCCAGGGCAGUGUAUCAACGGCCGCGGCACCGAACCGUCGCUUGUUCACCAUCAAGCAGCCGAUCGGCGUAGCAGCCGCCCUCGUCCCAUGGAACUUCCCCGUUGCCAUGGUUCUGCGGAAAGUCGGCGCCGCGCUCGCGGCUGGCUGUACGAUGGUCGUCAAGCCCAGUCCCGAGACGCCGAUUUCAGCACUUGUCCUGGCGGAGCUGGCGCAUCGCGCGGGGAUCCCUGCUGGUGUGCUGAAUGUGCUCACUACGGACUUGGAUAAUACACCGGCGCUGAGUGAGGCGUUGUGUAAGCAUCCACUUGUUAAGAAGGUGACGUUCACGGGCUCGACAAGGGUGGGGAAGUUGGUUGCUGCGCACUGUGCGCAUGGUCUUAAGAAAUUGACUCUCGAGCUCGGUGGCAAUUGUCCUUUCCUUGUUUUCGACGAUGCGAACCUCGACCAGGCGGUUGAGCAGCUCAUGUCGCUGAAAUGGCGCCAUGCCGGUCAGGCUUGUAUUACUGCCAAUCGGAUCUAUGUGCAGGCUGGGGUUUAUGAUCGCUUCGCUGCGCUUCUGAAGGAGCGCACGGCUGCGAUCGUUGUUGGUCACGGUGCCGUGGCUAAUACCACGAUGGGACCGUUGACGACGCCGCGGAGUAUUGACAAGGCCGCUGCGCAGGUUGAGGAUGCUCGUCGGCUUGGUGCUGAUGUUAUCUUGGGCGGAAAUCCUCUGACGUCCAAGCCGGGUUAUUUCUUCGAGCCUACUAUUCUGUCCGGGAUGACGGAGGAGAUGCUCAUCUCGCAGGAAGAAUCGUUUGCGCCUAUUGCUGCGCUGUACCGGUUCGAGACUGAGGACCAGGCUGUCAAGCUGGCUAAUGAUACCAGCAUGGGUCUGGCUAGUUAUGCUUUCACCAAGAAUAUCGAUCGCAUGUGGCGUCUCUUGGAGAACCUGGAGGCGGGUAUGAUCGGAAUGAAUACAGGCAACUCAUCGGCUGCCGAGUCGCCUUUCGGUGGUAUUAAGGAGUCUGGUUAUGGCAAAGAGAGUGGAAAGGACGUGGCUGUCAAUGAGUACUUGGUUACCAAAACGGGCACCAUGACCAUUGAGGGACAAUAUUGA